CGCGGCAAUCGUCUGUUUUUUACCCCCCUCUACUUAGCUUUCAUGGCAGAUUCACUCGCCCUGUCCCUUCAAUCUACUACUUUCAACCAACCAAGAGCCUACUUAAGUGGGAUCCCAGACGAAGAAGUAACAAAACUACAGUCUCGGUUACCGAAUCUUGUUGACGUGAGGGCAGAUGCAGAGAAAGCUAGAGAACUGUUGAAGCAACCUCCACCAACAGAUGCACACGGUGUCGAUCAAGAUGGAGAAUAUCUAGGAAUCAUGCAUCCAGCCAUCGCCUACCACAUCAUGCUUCCGAGUUUGACGAUGUUUUCUUACUUUUGCCGUGACAAAGAUGUCCCAGAUGACGUUCAAGAUCUUUGUUUAUGGGCAUUGAAGCAGAGGCUUUUGGCAUUGAAGGAGGGAUCGGAUAAACAGCUUAGGCGUAUGUUGGCUAGUCCUGGUCCUGCGGGGGAGGUUCAUCCAAGUGCAAAGAUCUAUAUGAUAUGUCAAACACUGAGCAAGAUAACGAGCCAUCUUCUGUCUGCACGAAUCAACCUCCCAAGAGAAGCCAUUCCAUACGCUGAGGAAGGCAUGAAGCUGGAGGAGGAGUUUUAUCCAGAAAAAAAGGACCCCUUUUUACGAAAUCCCCAAUCUUACGCUGGCUUUGGUGUCGUACUGGCACGCGCAAAACUUCGAGACGCCGAGGCGAAAGCAAUACUGAAGAGAGUGAUGAAUGACAUCGAUAAAAUCUCUCCCGGCGGUGCACAAGCGACGUUCAUCCAAUCUAAACUCUAUCUCGCGCGGGUGCUUCGUCGGAUGGGGGAUUUGGAGGAAGCAAAGAAACAGGAAACUUAUCUUAUAAAGUGGUUCAAGAAGAACUCGAGUAAUUUGGAAGACGUGGACUUGCGUGAAUGGUUUCUGACGGAGGGUGGACAUGAUCCAGUUUUCGAAGGGUUGGGUGGUAUGAAAUGGUUACAGAAUCGGAAGAUAACUUGGAAGGCGAUGGAUAGGUCGGCAAGGGCAUGUUAUAAUUGUGGAGUGAGGGAGGGCCCUACGAAGAAGAUGCUGAGAUGUGGCAAGUGUCAGUAUAUUUAUUAUUGCUCGAAGGAAUGUCAAGUCAAGAACUAUCCAUUCCACAAGGUCAGUUGCCUAGAACAUGCCGAGGCGUCAAAGCGAGCACAACUUGUCAAAUCCAUCUCAUCUGAAGUUGGAAAAUGUCUCGAGGACUGGAACAAAUACAGAACUUACGAUUACGAUCAACGCGCCUCGGUCCACGCCCUUGGACUGAAACAUAAUUCCUCAAGAGGACUAACCCAUAUCGUCAUCAAGUCCAUAAAAUAUGUCCCUAAUGGUGGAAAAGACAUUGUCGAUCGAUUUAUGGUCGUUUCGGCGGGUGUCUUCGCUAUCAACGAUGUGUUGACAGAGAUGGAUUCGUUAUUGAAUUAUCAUCCCGGUGAAGCCAGACAGGCCGUAAACGAACUCACCGAGGAGUUUAAUCAAGGAAUGGGCCGCGAUGGGACGAAGGUUGCGUUCUUCAGCUUGUUAAUCUCGGAUGAUAAGAGUCUUAGUACUUAUUUGAGUAGAGGUGGCGUUGCGAAGAAGGCGCUGGCCGAAACAAAUUACAAUCCUAACUGGCGAAGCCUUCUGAACCUUGGCAGGAGUGUCGUCGUCAAGCCGCUAGUCCUGCGAUGUCGUGCAAAGGACGCUGAAUUCGAUUAUGUCCUACCCCAAACGUCAAAUAGCGCGAGCGCGAGUGGAAUCAUUGAUGAUUCUACUGACCCAUCAUCCAGUUCGGGAUCUGCAACUACUACUACGCCUAGAGCUUCUGAGGCUGUCGCCACUGCGUUGCCUGGACUUCGGGGAAUGUUCAGCAAGAAAUGAUUGUGAUGAGAAUUGUACCUACCUGCGUAUUCGCUAUGUCAUGAUUGUUAUUCCCCAACGAUACAGAAUAUGGAUGCGCGCAUAUUUGGGAGUUAAUUCGCAGGGGGUACUGUGGUUGGAAGUGUCGAUUAGGAUUUGAAUUGCUCAAAGCUCGCGAUGGCACGAGGUCGUUAGCCACUUCCUUGCUUUAUAAAGUUACUUCUACAGAGGGCGUAGCCCAAACCUGACCCAUAUUAUUGCUGGCAUUCCAGGGCGGCACCAAAGCGACAGAGACAAUGAUUCAAGACGAGAAGACUAUACUGUUCUCGAAUUGCU